AUGCCGGCCCGCGCCCCUCUGCGCACCCCGCGGCCUCAGCGGUUGCUGCUGCUGCURCUGGCCCUGAGCGGCCGCUGCCUGCGCGCCGAGCCCGGCGACGGCGCGCAGACCUGGGCCCGCUUCGCGCGCCCUGCGGCUCCGGAGGCUGCAGACCUGYUCCACGACACUUUCCCCGACGGCUUCCUCUGGGCGGUGGGCAGCGCCGCCUACCAGACCGAGGGUGGCUGGAGGCAGCACGGCAAGGGCGCAUCCAUCUGGGACACGUUCACUCAUCACCCUCCGGGGACCCUGGGCGAUCCCCCGACAGCUGAUCUGCCGUCGGGCGCUCCAUCACCUUCCCCGCCCGCCACAGGGGACGUGUCCAGCGACGGCUACAACAACGUCUUCCGAGACACAGAGGGGCUGCGCGAUCUUGGAGUCACCCAUUACCGCUUCUCUAUCUCGUGGGCGCGGGUGCUCCCCAAUGGCAGCGCGGGAGCCCCCAAUCGCGAGGGGCUACGGUACUACCGGCGCCUGCUGGAGCGGCUGCGGGAGCUGGGCGUGGAGCCCGUGGUCACCCUGUACCACUGGGACCUGCCCCAGCGCCUGCAGGACGCCUACGGAGGCUGGGCCAACCGCGCCCUGGCGGAACACUUCAGGGAUUAUGCCGAGCUCUGCUUCCGCCACUUCGGUGGCCAGGUCAAAUACUGGAUCACCAUCGACAACCCCUACGUGGUGGCCUGGCACGGCUACGCCACCGGACGCCUGGCCCCAGGCGUCCGGGGCAGCCGGAGCCUUGGGUACCUGGUGGCGCACAACCUUCUUCUGGCUCAUGCCAAAAUCUGGCAUCUCUACAACACUUCUUUCCGUCCAACUCAGGGAGGCCAAGUCUCCAUCGCCCUCAGCUCUCACUGGAUCAAUCCUCGAAGGAUGACAGACCAUAACAUCAAAGAAUGUCAAAAAUCCCUUGACUUUGUGCUAGGCUGGUUUGCCAAACCCAUAUUUAUUGAUGGUGACUAUCCCGAGAGCAUGAAGAAUAACCUUUCAUCUCUUCUGCCUGAUUUUACUGAAUCUGAGAAAAGGUUCGUCAAGGGAACUGCUGACUUUUUCGCUCUUUCCUUUGGACCCACCUUGAGUUUUCAACUAUUGGACCCGCACAUGAAGUUCCACCAAUUAGAAUCUCCCAACCUGAGGCAACUCCUUUCUUGGAUUGACCUUGAAUAUAACCACCCUCAAAUAUUUAUUGUGGAAAAUGGCUGGUUUGUCUCAGGGACCACCAAGAGAGAUGAUGCCAAAUACAUGUAUUACCUCAAAAAGUUCAUCAUGGAAACCUUAAAAGCCAUCAGGCUGGAUGGGGUCAAUGUCAUCGGGUACACGGCGUGGUCCCUCAUGGAUGGUUUCGAGUGGCACAGAGGCUACAGCAUCAGACGUGGACUCUUCUAUGUCGACUUUCUGAGCCAGGAUAAGAAGCUGUUGCCGAAGUCUUCAGCCUUGUUCUACCAAAAGCUGAUAGAGAAAAAUGGCUUCCCUCCUUUACCUGAAAAUCAACCCCUAGAAGGGACAUUUCCCUGUGACUUUGCUUGGGGAGUUGUUGACAACUACGUUCAAGUGGACACCACUCUCUCUCAGUUUACUGACCCGAAUGUCUACCUGUGGGAUGUCCAUCACAGUAAGAGGCUUAUUAAAGUGGACGGAGUGAUGGCCAAGAGGAGGAAAUCCUACUGCGUAGAUUUUGCUGCCAUCCGGCCCCAGAUCGCCUUACUCGAGGAAAUGCACGUUACACAUUUUCACUUCUCCCUGGACUGGGCCCUGAUCCUCCCUCUGGGCAACCAGUCCCACGUGAACCACACGGUCCUGCACUUCUAUCGCUGCGUGGUCAGUGAACUGGUCCGCGCCAACAUCACGCCGGUGGUGUCCCUGUGGCACCCCGCUGCCCCCCACCAAGGCCUGCCGCGUCCGCUGGCCAAGCAGGGCGCCUGGGAGAACCCGCGCACCACCCUGGCUUUUGCAGAGUAUGCCAGACUGUGCUUUCAAGAGCUCGGUCACCACGUCCAGUUUUGGAUCACGAUGAAUGAGCCCGACACGCGCAAUAUGACCUACCGGGCGGGGCAUCACCUUCUGAAGGCCCAUGCGUUGGCUUGGCACGUGUAUGAUGAAAAGUUCAGACCUGCUCAAAAGGGCAAAAUCUCCAUAGCCUUGCAGGCGGAUUGGAUAGAACCCGCGUGCCCUCUGUCCCCGAAGGACAAAGAAGUGGCCGAGAGAGUUUUGGAAUUUGACAUUGGCUGGCUGGCCGAACCCAUUUUCGGCUCUGGAGAUUACCCACGCGUGAUGAGGGAAUGGCUGAACCAAAGGAACAAUUUUCUUCUACCUUAUUUCACCGAAGAGGAAAAGAAGCUGAUCCAGGGUUCCUUUGACUUUCUGGCUUUAAGCCAUUACACCACUAUACUUGUAGACUGGGAGAAAGAAGAUCCCCUAAAAUACAACGAUUACCUUGAGGUGCAAGAAAUGACGGACAUCACCUGGCUCAACUCCCCCAGCCAGGUGGCCGUGGUGCCCUGGGGCUUGCGCAAAGUGCUGAACUGGCUGAAGUUCAAGUACGGAGAUCUCCCCAUGUAUAUAAUGGCCAAUGGCAUAGAUGAUGAUCCCCAAGCCGAACAAGACAAGUUGAGGAUGUAUUACAUACAGAAUUAUGUAAAUGAAGCUCUGAAAGCCUACGUGUUGGAUGGUAUCAAUCUUUGUGGAUACUUUGCUUAUUCAUUUAACGAUCGCUCGGCUCCGAAGUUUGGCCUCUAUCGAUAUGCCGCCAAUCAGUUUGAGCCCAAACCAUCCAUGAAGCAUUACAGGAAAAUUAUCGACAACAAUGGUUUCCUAGGUCCCGAAGCGCUGGAAAGGUUCUGCCCUGAAGAAUACACCAUGUGUACUGAAUGCAGUUUUUUUCACACACGGAAGUCUUUACUGGCUUUCAUCGCUUUUUUGCUUUUUGCUUUUAUUAUUUCUCUUUCCCUUAUUUUUUACUACUCUAAGAAAGGCAGAAGAAGUUACAAGUAG